AAUCGAUAAAUCGAAAUCGAUCUCUCUGAUGUUUCCUUUUAAACACAAUAUCCUUGUAACACAAUAGUUUUCAUGGGAAAAUUUUGUUAUUAAAAUUAGUGAAGGUUUUAAUCUAAGAAUUUCACUAUGUCUAAUAACGAUGUUCCUAAAGAACAAGGUCACGUUUGUGAAUUGCUUACGAGAAUAGACGAUUUGGGUGAAAUGGCUAGUUGUUGGGACUUUAAGCAAAAAUGGUAUAAAUUGACUAGUAUUAAUAAUCGCACACCUAGAUGUAUGCGAUAUAUGGAUAGUAUGACAGCAGUAAAUCUUGAAAAAAGAAGACACUUGCGUCUUAAAUAUUCUUGGGUUAUACAUCCCUUUAGUUAUUUCAGAAUUCUAUGGGAAACAUUUAUGAUGGUCAUUUAUGGAAUAGCCUUUUUUACCAUACCUUUUAUGAUCUCGUUUAUUAUCAUGGAUUAUGAAUUAUUGCGUUUGGAUAAAGUUAAUAUUUUGAUUUAUAUUGUAUGCUGGUUGGAUAUCAUUUGCAAUUGCAUCACCGGUUAUUAUGAUGAAAAAAAUGUACACGUAGAAUUGAGAUUAUCUAAAAUAUUCAAAAGAUACUCGAAAGGAUAUCUUAUGGUUGAUAUACUUUCCUCUUUGCCUUACGAUCACAUAACUUUAUUAUGGCGAAGAUUGCCAGGAAAUGAUUCAUUUCGUAUUAUAACUCUAAUUAAUAUUCUACCCUUAUUAAAACUGACACGUUAUCCAACCCUAAUUUCUUAUAUUUUUUGGUUUUAUCAAUAUUUAACGAUAGAAAAUUUUUAUUAUCAAACGACAAUUACAUUGGUGUUAGGAUUUUAUUUAAUUAUUUGGUUCACCUGUUUGUGUUAUCUUUUGCCUAUAUUGACCUUACAUUUUUAUAACAUUUCAUUAACGGAGUGCACCGAUUGUUGGAUGGCUGGGAUAGAGAAGGAAAUUAUAGCUGUUAGAUUUCAGCAUGCACUUUUCAUCGUUUUGGAAAAUCUUUUAGCAAGCGGUUAUGGUAUUUUCCCUCCUAAAACUGACACACACAUCGUAUUAAAUACUUUACUCAUGAUAUUUGGCAGAUUUGUUGAAUGUUACAUCAUAAUUAUGUUGCUACAGGUAAAAGGAUUCAGCGAAGCUGCAGAGACUAAAUAUAAUGAAAUAAUCAGUCAUAUAGAAGCAUUUACAAGGCAAAAACAAUUACCUUUGCAAAUGAAAAAUCGAUUGUUAUUAUAUUACGGUUAUCGAUUCAAGAAUAGUUUCUUUCGUGAAAAACAAAUCCUGAGCAAACUUUCAGAACAAUUACGAGAUGAAAUUGCGAUGCAAUCCUGCAGACGUUUGGUAGAAAAUGUUGAGAUCUUUCAAAAUCUACCUAUGGACGUUUUAAAAUCGAUUGUUAGAAAUUUAAAAUUCGAAUUGUAUUUGCAAAAUGAUGUUAUAAUAAGAGAUGGGACGCAUGGUGAUUGUAUGUUUUUUUUAUGCACCGGAACCGUAGUUGUUUUAACGCCAUCCGGGAAAAAAAUAUGCUAUUUAGACGAUGGGGCUCAUUUCGGUGAAGUAGCACUUUUAGUACCCAAUCAAAAACGUGUUGCAACUGUGAUUGCUGUAGACGUUUGCGAAGUUUAUCGUCUCGAUAGAAAAGAUUUUCGAAAAUGUGUUUCGAUACAUUCGGAAUUAUUUUACAUGAUUGAACGUAUUGCAACUGAAAGAAUAGAGAGGACUGUUGCAGUUGACGAACAACAUAAAAUAUUUUUAAUGCGUUCGAACUUUGCUUAUGCUGACACAAGAAAAUUACCGGGUAAAAGGAAAACAAUUCAAAAAUAAUUAAAUGCCAAUAUAA